AUGGUCAAGACCUCCGUCCUCAACGAUGCGCUUAACGCCAUGAACAACGCCGAGAAGGCUGGCAAGCGCCAGGUCCUCAUCCGUCCUUCCUCCAAGGUCAUCGUCAAGUUCCUCACUGUCAUGCAGAAGCACGGCUACAUUGGCGAGUUCGAGGAGGUCGAUGACCACCGCUCCGGCAAGAUCGUCAUCCAGCUGAACGGCCGUCUCAACAAGUGUGGUGUCAUCAACCCCCGCUACCCCGUCCAGCUCCGUGACGUGGAGAAGUGGGCUACCCAGCUCCUUCCCUCCCGUCAGUUCGGUUACGUUGUCCUGACCACCUCCGCCGGUAUCAUGGACCACGAGGAGGCUCGCCGCAAGCACGUUGCUGGCAAGCUCCUCGGUUUCUUCUACUAG